AUGCAGAACUCAGUCUUCGAAACCGCAGCCAGCGCAGUCCAAGCAAGGAAUCGCAUCCGCAGCCACAUCUACCAAACGCUCCUCAUUCCAUCUCGAGUGCAAGGCAAAUCCCAUGGCGCAAAGGCCCUAUUCAAAGCAGAGAACUUCCAACUAACGGGAUCAUUCAAGAUCCGAGGCGCAAUGUCCAAGAUAUCCGGCCAACCUGCGAACGGGCGGUUAAUAACCGCCUCGUCGGGCAACCAUGGGAUAGGCGCCGCAUGUGCCGCGCAAGCGCUCUCUAAAGAUCUUACUGUUGUCCUCCCGGAAACGGUGGUACCCGCGAAGUUGGAGAAAAUUAAGUCCUACGGGGUGAAUGUUAUUCUGCAUGGAGCUGAAACGGGCCUUGCUGAACAAUAUGCUCAACGGUUCGCUGCUUCGGAUUCGUAUACUUAUAUUUCGCCAUACAAUGAUCCGGAUAUUGUUGCCGGGCAGGGGACUAUUGGGUUAGAGAUUCUCGAACAGUGUGAAGAGGUGGAUAAUGUUUUCGUGUCUAUGGGUGGUGGGGGAUUGAUUAGCGGUAUUGGGGCGGUCGUGAAGGCGUUCAGUCCGCGUACGAAGGUCUAUGGUGUUUCUGCGAUUAAUUCGAAAGCUCUCGCCGAGUCCAUGGCUGCGGGUCAUGUAGUUGAGACAGAACAUCGGGAUACCCUAGCUGAUGCUGUUGCUGGCGGCAUCGAUACGGAUACAAUCACACUCCCGUUGGCAAUGUCCGUGGUAGAUCACGUCGUUGAAUGUGAUGAGAACGAGAUUAAAGCAGCCAUGAAAACUAUGGUGUUUGAUGAAAAUAUGAAUGUCGAAGGCUCUGCUGCUCUUGCUUUGGCAGGCUUCAAUAAAGUCGCACGACAACUCGCCAACCAAACUAGCGUCAUUGUCUUGUGCGGUGCGAACUUUGACCAAACUGUCUUCAAGAGUGCGGUUCUGGAUCUUUAA